AUGCCGACAGACUUUUCACCCCCACCAUCAUUCAGCAUUCCAACGGAGCGCUUGCACAUCUCGUACAUACAACCCGGAAACCCCGACCACACUUCUUUCUUUAUGCACGUCUGGAACCUUGAAGAGAUUAAAAGAUUUAUCGGCAAGAGAGAUCUCGACACUUUGGAAAAAGUAGAUGUGUUCAUCAAGAAUCAAGUGCAAGCAGAAUAUAACCGGGCCGGAUAUGGUCGUUUCCUGGUCUCAUUGAAGCCUCAUCCUCAGGCAUCGCUCGCUGAGAGUAAGCAUAUCGGAUUGGUGUCUUUGAUCUUGAGAGAGCCUCCAAAUGGUUACCCACACCCUGAUAUUGGCUAUGCCUUCGUUCCGGAACAUUGGGGGAAAGGUUAUGCCACUGAGGCUGCCAUUGCAUUGAUCAACUAUGCCCGUCGCGAAUUUGGAGUAACGGGGGUAUUUGGUCGCCGUGUCCUGGAAAAGAUAGGUCUAGAAUUCAGAGGGGAGCUGACUCUGCGAGCUUUUGAUGGUAUACAGAGCGCCGUAUAUGCACUUCCAGGAAUGAAUCCGGACCUAAGCGUGUAUGGAAUUGAAGGUUAG